AUGGCGAGGAGCAGACCAUCGUCGAAUAGAUGGAGGUAUAUAAAUCCUGCUUAUUACUUGAAGCGACCGAAACGUCUCGCAUUACUAUUCAUAACCUUCGUCUGUAUAACUUUAUUAGUUUGGGAUCGACAAACUCUUAUCCGAGAGCACGAGGAGGAGGUGUCGAAGGUCAAUGAAGAAGUGAUUCGGUUGCAAAAUCUGCUAGAAGAGUUAAAGGGAGGUCAAGGAAUUUCAGAUGAAAAGAGGAGCUCUAGUGCCAAAAAUAGUGGAUUAACGAAAAGGAAGGACGUCCCGGAUGAUCCCAUUGAUGUUCAGCGGGGAGAGAGAGUGAAAGAUGCUAUGGCUCAUGCGUGGAGCUCAUAUGAGAAAUAUGCAUGGGGCCAUGAUGAGCUUCAGCCACAGACAAAGAAUGGCGUUGAUAGCUUUGGCGGUCUUGGUGCAACUCUAAUUGAUUCUCUUGAUACAUUGUAUAUAAUGGGGUUAGACGAGCAGUUCCUAAGAGCUAGAGAGUGGGUUGCAAACUCUUUGGAUUUCAACAAGAACUAUGAUGCUAGCGUUUUUGAGACAACUAUAAGAGUUGUUGGCGGACUUCUUAGUGCAUAUGAUCUCUCAGGGGAUAAAGUUUUCCUUGAAAAGGCGAAGGAUAUGGCUGAUAGACUACUGCCUGCAUGGGAUACACCUUCUGGUAUCCCUUAUAAUAUUAUUAACUUGGCACAUGGGAAUGCGCAUAACCCUGGGUGGACUGGAGGUGAUAGUAUAUUGGCAGAUAGUGGGACAGAGCAGCUGGAAUUUAUUGCUAUUUCUCAGAGGACAGGCGAUCCGAAGUAUCAAAAGAAGGUGGAGAAUGUCAUAGCAAAGCUUAAUGAAACCUUUCCUUCUGAUGGUUUGCUUCCCAUCUACAUCAAUCCACAUAGAGGGACAACAUCAUACUCAACCAUUACUUUUGGGGCCAUGGGGGACAGCUUUUAUGAGUAUCUACUCAAAGUAUGGAUACAAGGAAACAAAACUGCUGCUGUAAAGCAUUAUAGAGAAAUAGUUGGGAGUUCUCUAAUUGACAAGAUGGAUGAAUUAGCAUGUUUUGCUCCAGGAAUGAUAGCGCUAGGGUCAUCUGGUUAUGGUCCUGAUGAAGCUCAGAAGUUUCUUUCCCUGGCUGAAGAGCUUGCGUGGACAUGUUAUAACUUCUAUCAGUCAACACCAACAAAAUUGGCAGGAGAGAACUACUUCUUUAAUGCUGGGCAGGAUAUGAGUGUCGGUACAUCAUGGAACAUACUGAGGCCAGAGACGGUUGAAUCACUCUUUUACCUCUGGCGUUUGACUGGCAACAAGACGUACCAAGAGUGGGGUUGGAACAUAUUUCAAGCAUUUGAAAAGAACUCCCGCACAGAGUCGGGAUAUGUUGGACUGAAGGAUGUUACUACUGGCGUCAAAGACAAUAUGAUGCAAAGCUUCUUUCUUGCGGAGACUCUUAAAUAUCUUUAUCUUCUUUUCUCACCGUCUUCAAUCAUCCCGCUGGAUGAGUGGGUUUUCAACACAGAAGCUCACCCUCUAAAAAUUGUCUCCCGGAAUGAUGAAAAAGAAAACUUUGGAGCAUCAGAUGGACAACGUAAACCGACUUUAAGGUCACAUGCCAGGAAAGAAGGCCGAUUCGGUGAUAAUUAG